AGGGAGGGAAGGAUGUGUCCUUUGAUCCUGGGCUGAGUGAGUUGUAAACUGAGGAGGUAUGCCCUGCAUAUAUACUGCCUCUACUCAGAUCAUUACUCCAUUUAUCAGGACAAUGACCCACUGAGAGAGAAGAACACACUCACACAACCUCUUCCCUAAACUUACCCAGCUCUGAGAACUGUCUGCAUUUCUGGAACCUGAAGGAUAAGAUACAUUAGAUUCUAUCCAUCCAAAAGGACAAGUUUCUCCACCCCAACAACUGGAUUUUGGUUAAUUUUGUUGGAUAUUUCCAUCAUCCAAACAUGAGGGGACAUUUCUCCAUUGAGUGGCUGGCCCAGAGUAGUCGGGCAUCGGGCAGCACGAGCCCCUCACCUCCCUCCUCUUCCUGGACAUCCGUUGCGGCUGGACCCACCAGCACCUCUGGGACCCACCCUGAAAGCUUGCCUGGGUUCUACUGCCGACCGAGACCUAAGAAUAAAGAGAACCAGACAGAGAACAAGGUGAGGAGAGGACAUGGGCUGAUCCUACGCAGCAAUCCCAGCCUGGCAGGCUCUGAGACAGCUAAGAGGAGUAGCCCCCUCCACCACAAGCACCAAGUAGUGGCUGAGACUGGCUUCAUUAGUGGAACAGAGGGGGAAACGUCAGGGUACGAGAGUGAGGGCGGGCGCUCCCUCUCCCCAACCACCACCCUGGAUGUCUCCUCUUCGCCCCCUACGGGGAGGCGGCCACGUACAGCCUACACAGCGGAGCAGAUCAACAGUCUGGAGAGGGCAUUCAAGAGGAACGCUUACCUGGGAACUCGGGACAAGGUUGAGCUCUGCAAGAAACUCGACCUCUCAGACAAACAGAUCCGUAACUGGUUCCAGAACAGGCGUAUGAGGAUGAAGAGGAUGGUCCAGGACGCUCUUGCCCAAGCGUGCCAGGCUAAAGUAGCCUCUCACCUGCUGCACUACCCCGAGCUACAUGCCUACCACCCCCAUCAUGCAGGAGCAGAGGGGGGCACUGCCACCCCAUACCUCCACCCACACUACAGCUCAUCCACAGCCAGCCCAGCCCUACCCAGCCUCCCCCUGGACUCUUUCUACCAGUACUCAAGCCUACCAGGCCUGGUGAUGCCCACUACUGGGUCCUACCAGCCGUACACUCACCAGUAUUAA